AUGUCGUUCGGCAAGACGAUCACUCUCGCGGAUGGCUCGAAGAUCCCACAGAUCGGAUUGGGUACUUGGCUCUCGAAGCCAAAGGAGGUUGAGAAUGCUGUCGAAAUUGCCGUGAGGAAUGGAUACCGCCACCUUGAUCUCGCGAUGGUGUACCAGAACCAAGAUGAAGUCGGCGCAGCGCUGAAGAAGGUCAUCCCGUCUGUCGUCAAGCGUGAGGACCUCUGGAUCACCUCAAAGCUCUGGAACUCUGCACACCAGCCGGACGAGGUCGAGAAAGAGCUUGAUGCGACCCUCGCACAGCUGGGUAUUGACUAUCUUGAUUUGUAUCUCGUCCAUUGGCCGAUCGCUUUCGCCCCUGGUCGCGGACUCUUCCCUCCCCAUCCCACGAUCGAGGGCCAAGUUGAGAUAGAUAACAAGACGACUCUCGUUGAUACAUGGAAGGCCAUGAUCAAGCUCCCAAAAUCAAAGGUCAAAGCAACUGGGGUGUCCAACUUCAGGAUCGAGGAUCUGAAGGGCAUCAUCGAAGCAACUGGCGUUGUUCCUAUUGUUAACCAAAUCGAAGCGCACCCUCUGCUUCCUCAAGACGAUCUGGUCGCAUAUUGCAAAGAGAAGAACAUCCAUAUCACAGCAUACAGCCCUCUUGGAAACAACUUGGUUGGCAAGCCCAAAUUGACGGACCACCCGGUUGUGAAAGAAGUCGCCGAUAAAUUGAACGCAACGCCAGCCCAAGUUCUCGUAGCUUGGGGUGCAUACAGAGGGUACACCGUGAUCCCGAAGAGUGUCCAGGAAGACCGCAUCAUCUCGAAUUUCAAGCAAGUCGAGCUCAGCAAGGAGGACUACGAGAAAGUGUCCUCGGUCGUGGUUGGCAACCGCACUCGAUUCAAUAUUCCAUUGACGACUAACAAGCCUGUGUGGGACUUCAACCUCUUCGACGAGCCAGAGGAGCAAACGGCGACCAACAGGGUGAACAUCGCGUAG